AUGGAUCCUUUAUUCAGUGCUACCAAUGCGCCAAAUUGGACCAGCAGCUCCAAUGACACCAAUAACGGGACCAUUUACUGGAACCAGUUUGUGCAGCCGGUCUGGAAAAUCGUCCUCUGGGCCAUUGCCUACAGCUGUAUAGUUAUCGUGUCCGUAGUAGGUAACAUCACAGUCAUCUGGAUUAUUAUGGCGCACAAACGCAUGAGGACUGUCACCAAUUAUUUUCUCCUGAACCUCGCGUUCGCCGAAGCGUCCAUGUCUGCAUUCAACACGGUGAUCAACUUCACCUACGCGAUGCACAACGAGUGGUACUUUGGACUCGCCUACUGCCGCUUCCACAACUUCUUUCCGAUCGCGGCUGUGUUUGCCAGCAUCUAUUCAAUGACUGCCAUCGCUCUGGACAGGUACAUGGCCAUCAUCCACCCUCUGCAGCAGCGCAUGUCCUCCACAGAGACCAAGGUGGUGGUGGGUGUGAUCUGGGUUCUGGCUCUGCUCCUGGCUUUUCCUCAGUACUACUAUUCCAACACGGAUGAGCUCCCUGGACGAGUGGUGUGUUACAUCGACUGGCCAGAAUAUACUGUGUUUGACUUCAAAAAGAUGUACUACGUGUGUGUGGUCAUCCUCAUAUAUUCAUUUCCACUGCUGCUGAUGGGUUGUGCUUACCUGGUGGUGGGACUGACACUCUGGGCCAGUGAGAUCCCUGGGGACUCCUCUGACCGCUACAAGGAGCAGCUGACUGCCAAACGCAAGGUGGUGAAGAUGAUGAUUGUGGUGGUAUGUACUUUUGCCAUCUGCUGGCUGCCCUACCAUGUCUACUUCCUGCUGCACCAGUUCUUCCCCGAAAUGUUUGAGGAAACAUACAUCCAGCAGGUCUACCUUGCUAUCAUGUGGUUGGCCAUGAGCUCUACCAUGUACAACCCCAUCAUCUACUGCUGCUUAAAUGACAGGUUUCGAGCUGGUUUUAAACAAGCAUUCCGCUGCUGCCCUUGCGUCCCUCAAGGCUCCUAUGAAGGCCUCGAACUCAAGUCCACUCGCUAUCUUCAGACCCAGACAAGUGUUUACAAGGCCAGCAGGAUGGAGACCACCGUGUCUACUAUUCUACAGGUUGGGGACGAUGUAGAGCAGCCCAAGGUGAAAGUUAUAGGAGGCCCAGGGCCUGGCGGGGCUGUGGUUGAGGCCAGACCACACAGCUCCUCCCUGGACCUCACCUCAAAUGGUUCAUCAUCCUGGAGUGUCUCCAAAACAGUAUCAGAGAUGUCGAGUUUCUACUCCAGUAGCAACCUGGAGGAAUAG